AUGGUGAACUACCCGAAGAAGAAGACGAUGCACUGCCCCGAUGCGAGAUGCAACGCGCACAAGAGCUUCAAGGUUGUGCAGUACAAGGCGGGUAAGGCACGUCUGUAUGCGCGCGGUAAGCGGCGCUACGACCGCAAACAGUCCGGUUAUGGUGGUCAGACGAAGCCCAUCUUCCACAAGAAGGCCAAGACGACAAAGAAGAUUGUUCUGAAGCUCCAAUGCUCUAGCUGCAAGUCCAUCGUUCAGAAUGUGCUCAAGCGCACGAAGCACUUUGAGCUGAAUGACAAGAAGAAGACCGGCAACAAGGACCCCACGUGGUAG